AUGAAGUUUUUAAUAAGUUAAAUGAAUCGUAUUACAGAUUUAGAGGAAUAUGAUUAGGAAAUAAGCCGUCAUUUAAUUGAUAAGGAUUCUGAUAAAUUAAUUUCUAGUGAUGGAGAUAGUGAUUGCCUAAUUAUCCUUUGGGAGUAUCUUGGAAAUAAUAACUGGAAGCAUUUAACUAGAAUUUCAAAUGAUGUAGGAAUUAAAGUUCUGGUUUUUGAUUCAGUCAGAAAUUUAUUAAUUGCUGGAUGUUAAAAAGGCAAAAUUAAAAUUUUUACUUAUUAUCUAAAAAUACCUUUCAUUUAAUAUGAAUAAGAAUUUAAGAAUCAAAAAAAGUAAUUUUUGGAAUCAGCCUUAAUGAUUCUUAAUAAAAAUUACUAUCAUGUGGAGCAGAUAUGUAAUUAAGAGUUUUUUCAUUUGAUCCAUAAUUAUAAUUCGAAUGUUGUAAUUCUGCAGGAAUGAGUAUUUAAUUUAUUGAUGAUUCAUCAUUUGUAUUAAUUUAAUAGAAUGGGUAGUUGAUUUAUUAUAAAAUUGAAUGGAAAACUUUAAAAGAAAUAUAAAAAUAACUUUAUCUUCAGAAAUUCAUGAUUAUAAAUACUCCAGCAUAUAUUAUUAUAAUUUGUCAAAUCGACUCUUAGUUAUUAAAAAUUUCAGAAAAUAUAUGUUUUAAGAAGAUUAAAUAAUUGAAUUUUUGA